GGGCGCCCGGCUCCACCCAGCGCUCGGCGCGCGUGCGCGGCUCCAGCAGGUGUGUGUGUGGCGGAUGUCGACCUGGGGUCUGCAGUGUUUGAGGAAGGCCAGGCCUGGGGGCUGGCGCUUAGGUACCGGCUGAGAAUUCAUAUUAAAUAACCAAGAAAGUGUGAGGAUGAGCAGCCGAAGGAAACGCGCUCCCCCAGUGAAGGUCGAUGAGGAAAGGCAGCAGCAGCUGCACUGGAACAUGCAUGAAGACCUGAGGAAUGAACCUCUCACCUUGACCAUUGAGCAGCCCUGCUCCGGUGCAGACUCUUCCUCUGAUUGCAUCCUCAUAGAUGAUGACCCUCCUGAAGAUGUAGUUCACAGGGAUAAGAAGAGGCGUUCAGAGGCUGUGAGCACCUUAGAAUCCACUGAAAAAGAGAUCCCUUUGUCUGUGAAGUUGAAUGUUAUAAUUUCUCCCUAUCAUGUCGAUCAUUCUUGGAAAGCAUUUCUGGGAGAUUUUGCUCUUCAGCUUCUCCCUGAAGAGAGUUUAGUUGAACAUUUUUCUGAAAGGAGUUUUGCAUUGAUGAGUUCAGAGUCAAGCAAUCAGUUCCUGAUCUAUGUCCAUUCAGAAUGUAAAGAUGCAGAGAAGCAAGAAAGUGUCUGCAAAGAAUCGGCUGAUGUUUGCAGCAAGGGUCUUCGAGUGGAAUCGUCCUUCAGUAGUGACAUGUUACAGGAUUUGGCCUGGCUGCAGAAGAAAAGAGGAAUAAAACUUUAUCAGAGACCAGAAGGAAGUCAUACGAUUAAGGUUGGAAUUUAUAUCUUGGAAGCGGGCCUAACAAGACUAGACUUUAUGAGUGAUGCAAGUUCAAGAAUGAAAAAGUUCAAUCAGCUCAUGAAGAGAGUGAUGGAAAAGUUAUAUAAUUUUGUUAUUCCAGAUGUGCUGGAAGAAGAUGAGGAAGAUUCAGAGAGUGAGCCAGAGGGCCAGGACAUUGAUGAGCUCUAUCACUUUGUGAAGCAAACACACCAGCAAGAAACACAGUCAGUCCAAGUGGAUGUCCAGCAUCCUGCGUUAAUCCCAGUCCUGAGGCCGUACCAGAGAGAGGCAGUGAACUGGAUGCUACGACAAGAGCAUUUCAGAAGCGGUCCUGCCGGUGAUAACUCCCUGCACUUCCUAUGGCGAGAAAUUGUUACACCUGAUGGUUUGAAGCUCUACUAUAAUCCAUAUACGGGCUGCAUCAUUCGUGAUUUCCCACAUGCUGGACCACAGUUGCUUGGUGGAAUCUUAGCAGAUGAGAUGGGUCUCGGAAAGACAGUGGAGGUUCUGGCUCUGAUUCUGACACAUACUCGGCAGGAUGUCAAACAAGACGGUCUCACUCUUCCCGAGGGAAAAGUGGUGAAUUAUUUCAUCCCAUCUCACUGUCCCAGAGGAAAAGUAAAAAGCAGAGAAAUCCAGGAUACAGAAUGUGAACCAAAAGAAAAAGUUCACUGCCCCCCUACACGUGUGAUGAUCCUAACAGCUGUGAAAGAAAUGAAUGGGAAAAAAGGAGUCUCUAUUCUUUCUAUCUAUAAGUAUGUCAGCUCCAUAUACAGAUAUGAUGUUCAGCGGAACCGGAGUCUUCUGAAGAGGAUGCUGAAAUGUUUAAUCUUUGAAGGUCUUGUGAAACAGAUCAAAGGUCAUGGUUUCUCUGGGACUUUUACUCUGGGGAAGAAUUACAAAGAAGAAGAUAUAUAUGAUAAAACAAAAAAGCAGGUGGUGGGGAGUCCAAGGAAAAUUCAGAAAGAGUUAAGAAAAUCAGUGAACAAGGACACAGAUUCUGAAUACCUGCCAUCAAACACUUCUGAUGAUGAUGAUGAUCCUUAUUAUUAUUACUGUAAGCCCAGGAAAAGCCGUAGUAAAUUGAAAAGAAAACCUGUUCUGCUCACUAAGAAGGAAAAGAGGCAGCCUAUCAGUCCGGAUUCCCAUGGUCACUCUCCAGCUCUUAGUGACUCAGCAAAUCCUGAUCCUGAUGUGUCGGAGAGUAUACCUGCCUCUGAGAGCAAGCAAAACCAAGAAGACAAAGACCGGGUGGGGUCUCCAAAGCCCGCUGCUGAUGAGUUGGCACAUUCUAACACUGCGAGUCCCUGUGAGACCUCUGAUUACCGCUUUGAGUGCAUAUGUGGUGAAUUUGACCAGAUUGGCUGGAAGCCGAGAGUUCAGUGUCUGAACUGCCACCUGUGGCAGCAUGCAAAGUGUGUGAAUUACGAGGAGAAGAAUCUGAAGGUGAAGCCUUUUUACUGCCCCCACUGCCUUGUUGCAAUGGAGCCAGUGUCAACAAGGGCAACUCUGAUCAUCUCUCCAAGUUCCAUUUGCCACCAGUGGGUGGAUGAAAUCAACCGGCAUGUCAGAUCAUCGUCUCUUCGAGUUUUGGUAUAUCAAGGAGUGAAGAAAGAUGGCUUCUUACAGCCUCAUUUUUUGGCAGAACAAGAUAUAGUUAUCAUUACCUAUGAUGUCCUUCGUUCAGAACUAAACUAUGUUGAUAUCCCACAUAGCAAUAGUGAGGAUGGGCGUCGCCUGAGGAACCAGAAGCGCUAUAUGGCCAUUCCCAGUCCCCUCGUAGCGGUGGAGUGGUGGAGAAUCUGUCUUGAUGAAGCUCAGAUGGUUGAAUGUCCUACAGUAAAAGCUGCAGAAAUGGCCCAGCGUUUGAGUGGGAUUAAUCGGUGGUGCAUCAGCGGCACUCCAGUACAGAGAGGACUGGAAGAUCUCUUUGGUCUGGUGGUCUUUCUUGGGAUUGAACCUUACUGUGUCAAACACUGGUGGAUUCGACUUCUCUAUCGACCAUACUGCAAGAAGAAUCCUCAGCAUCUCUACAGUUUUAUUGCCAAGAUAUUGUGGAGGUCUGCUAAGAAAGAUGUCAUUGACCAAAUCCAGAUUCCACCUCAGACUGAGGAAAUGCACUGGCUCCACUUUUCUCCCGUGGAGAGGCAUUUCUAUCACCGCCAGCAUGAGGUGUGCUGCCAGGAUGCCGUGGUAAAACUCAGGAAGAUCUCCGACUGGGCCCUGAAAUUGAGCAGCUUGGACAGAAGGACCGUCACCUCCAUCCUGUAUCCUCUGCUUCGGCUCAGGCAGGCCUGCUGCCAUCCACAGGCUGUUCGCGGGGAGUUCUUGCCACUCCAGAAGAGGUUUUACUAUCAGUUUCCUUCUCCUGUGGGGUUUAUUAUGUUGCAAUAUGCUGACCAUUUGGUACUGGGUAACCAGUUGGGGAAGACUUUCUCCCCCUCUCAGCGUUCCUUAGUUGCCUGUAGUUCUUUGUGUAGGGAUGAAGCCUCCAAGUCUUCCCCCCAGUCCACUUUGGUAUGCUUUAUAAUAGGAACAAGCGAGUAUGCCUCGGCAGCAGAGCUGUACAGAGAAGUGCUACGCUCCUCCGAGGAGCACAAAGGAAAACUCAAAACCGAUUCUCUUCAAAGACUUCAUGCCACACAUAACUUAAUGGAGCUCUUGGCAGCCAAGCACCCAGGGAUACCUCCCACCUUAAGAGAUGGCAGACUUGAAGAAGAGGCCAAGCAGCUUCGAGAGCACUAUAUGAGCAAGUGUAACACAGAAGUUGCUGAAGCCCAGCAAGCUUUGCAGCCUGUGCAGCAGUCCAUCCGGGAGCUCCAGAGGAAGAUUCAUUCUAAUUCUCCUUGGUGGCUGAAUGUGAUCCACAGAGCAGUGGAAUUAUCUGUUGAUGAGGAACUUGUUCAGCGGGUGCGAAAUGAAAUAAGUAGUAACUACAAGCAACAAACUGACAAGCUCUCUAUGUCGGAGAAGUUCCGUGACUGCAGAGGACUUCAGUUCUUACUCACAACACAAAUGGAAGAGCUCAGUAAGUUCCAGAAGCUCGUGAGAGAGGCUGUGAAGAAGCUGGAGCGACCUCCAUCCCGUGAUGUGAUUGAGUCUGCCACAGUCUGCCACCUGCGACCAGCUAGACUCCCUCUCAACUGCUGCGUCUUUUGUAAAGCCGAUGAAUUGUUCACAGAGUAUGAAUCAAAACUAUUUUCUAACACAGUCAAAGGCCAGACAGCAAUCUUUGAAGAAAUGAUAGAAGAUGAGGAAGGACUUGUGGAUGAUAGAGCACCUACCACUACCCGGGGCCUGUGGGCAACAAGUGAGACAGAGCGAUCUAUGAAAGCAAUAUUGUCAUUUGCAAGAUCACAUAGGUUCGAUGUCGAAUAUGUAGAUGAAGGAAGUGUUUCAAUGGAUCUUUUCGAGGCAUGGAAGAAGGAAUAUAAGUUACUUCAUGAAUACUGGAUGACCCUGAGAAAUCGUGUGUCAGCUGUUGAUGAACUUGCAAUGGCUACAGAGCGGCUAAGGGUUCGCCAUCCCAAGGAACCAAAGCCAAACCCACCUGUCCAUCACAUCAUUGAACCACAUGAGGUUGAACAGAACCGUAUAAAACUGAUAAAUGAUAAAGCGGUUGCCACAUCACAGCUCCAGAAAAAACUUGGACAGCUUCUUUACCUGACAAAUUUGGAGAAGUCUCAAGACAAAACAUCAGGAGGUAUUAAUCCAGAGCCUUGUCCAAUCUGUGCUCGACAGCUGGGAAAACAGUGGGCAGUGCUGACCUGUGGACACUGCUUCUGUAACGAGUGCACAUCCAUUAUAAUUGAACAGUACAGUGUGGGCUCUCAUCGAAGCUCCAUCAAGUGUGCUAUCUGCCGCCAGACCACAUCACACAAAGACGUCUCCUAUGUCUUCACCUCAGAGAAAGCAAACCAAGAGGAUGAUAUCCCUGUGAAGGGUAGCCAUUCUACCAAAGUGGAAGCUGUGGUCAGGACUCUGAUGAAAAUACAGCUUAGAGAUCCAGGGGCCAAAGCACUCGUUUUCUCAACGUGGCAAGAUGUACUAGAUAUUAUUUCAAAAGCGCUGACUGACAACAACAUGGAAUUUACUCAAAUCAAUCGCAUUAAGACAUUCCAGGAGAACCUUUCAGCAUUUAAACAUGAUCCUCAAAUCAAUAUUUUGCUGCUGCCCCUGCACACAGGCUCUAAUGGAUUAACUAUCAUUGAAGCUACUCAUGUCCUCUUGGUGGAGCCCAUACUGAACCCUGCCCAUGAGCUUCAGGCCAUUGGGAGGGUGCACCGAAUUGGACAGACAAAACCUACCAUUGUACAUAGAUUCCUAAUUAAAGCAACAAUAGAAGAGCGAAUGCAGACAAUGCUGAAAACUGCAGAGAGGAGUCAUACAAGCUCAUCCGGGAAGCACUCUGAAGCCUCUGUGUUGACUGUGGCUGAUCUGGCAGACCUCUUUACCAAAGAAACAGAGGAGCUUGAAUGAAGUGCUAUUAAAUCAUUUCAUAAACUUUAAUACAGGAUUUAACUUUCAUAGUUGUAAAGCAAAGUUGUUAUUUAAAAACAAAAGAUCAGUAAUUUACUGAUAUAGUAUUAGUAAAUACUAUUUCAAACUGGAUGAAUUCUUUUUGUUAUAAACUAACAUAGUAAUGAUUGGCUAUUGGUUCCUUUUCAGUAUACUAAUUUCAAAACAUGUACAAUGAAUUUUAAUUUUACAUUUCUACUGAAAUACUUUUUGUUCCAGUGAAUAUCUAUAACUGAUAAGGCAGGGAAUUAAGAAAGGUAUUGAAGACUUUUCUUUUAAUGCAUAGAUAUUUGUAUUAAUGAGUCGGAAUACAUAAAAGAGAAAGUAAACUAGUCUAGUUUUGUAUGACCUGAUAUAGCCAAUCAGUGUAGAUCACAUUUGUGAAAGGGCCUUCAGCAUCUUUAGCGUAUGAUUCACCAUUAUCUUCUCAGUAAUGUUUUAAGAAAAUGCUGAACUGUAAUAACUAGUUAUUUGCAUGAGUUUAAAUGUAACACUGUCAUUGUAACUUGAAAGUAAGUAGUGCAACUCCUAAUGCUAAGUCGUUAGGCAAUUACUUUGCUUUUCAUGUUUUGCUACUAAAAGUUAAAAUACGGAAAAUUUCCUUUUUUCUAUUAUGUAUUAAAGUAGUAUCAUUGUUAGUGUGGAUUUAUGUAUAUUAAUAUUUACCUGACAAUGAUGUUUAAUUCUCUUAGUAAGUUUUUUUUAAUGUGUUUUAAGAUGGAUGUAUCUGUAACUGAGUUUUAUGGUUUUAUGGCUUGUGAUGUUACUAUAGCAUAGAAAUGUGGCUUUUUAAAAAAAGAAAUCAUCAUUGUAUUGAUGUCUUAGACAAUAUUCCUUUCCUGUGUUCUUCUAACUAGUCAUUUUAGCCGCAAUAGAGUUUAUUCAUUUCAAUUACUCCGCCCUUAGGAACUACUAGUGUUACUGCAGGAGAGUGCUGUGUUCACACAUGCAUAUAACUGUAAGUGAUGAAACUGUCUCUUCUUCUGUGAAGAAUUAAUAGAUGGCCUUGGCAUCACAGAAUCAGAAGUAGCUUGUUGUAACCUAGCCCUGUGAUGGAAUAUGAGUGUUCUUAUUUCCUGUCUUUAAGCCUUUGGAGUUUUAAGUGACCCUCAGGAUUCAUUAGCUCCUAACUGCCCAGAAAACUGUACUGGACUGGGUCUCCUUCAUCAGUGAGCUCUGGUGCUUAGCUAAGGUGCAUUUCCCACUCCAGGUUUACAGGUGACAGUUCAACUGAAGAAGACACAUUGUGGGUGCUUAUUCUUUAGUUGAAGGGAGAUAUGCAUUGAUUCUUUUAUAUGAAAUUAAACUAUUUUUACAGCUCUUUUACAUAUCAUAAAGAGCUUUAUGUAUAUUCACGUGGUUAACAUUCCUAAUAGUCCUGUGAAGUAGAUAUGAUUAAUAUCAUUUCUGUUUUGAAAGUAAAGAACUAAUGCUCAACAAUACUAAGAAACUUGCCUAUGACAUGUAGCAAUUAUACAAUGGAGCCCAGGCCCCCAGGCUUCACAUCCACUGUUCUUCCACCACAUCAUAUGCCAUGCUGAGAUUCAGAAGCCUUGUGGCUAUAAUUUAAUAAUGAGAUUGUUUAAGUAAUUAUUUUUGUUUUCUAGUAUUACUUCAUGUGCUAUGUUCUAGGGAAAACAAUUUGUUGUUCUUCAAUUUAAAAAAUGAUAUAUUGAUAUCUAUACUUACCAGUAUUAGAGGAAAGCUACUCUUAUUUAUUUCAGUAAGAUACCUCAAUUAAAUAAAUAUUUUAGUGGAAAAUGAAAUUGUGGAUUGU